GAGACCCUGGCGAACGCCAGUUGUUUCGUAGGUGCGCACACGAGAGCAUCGUACCGCGUAGUCGUCACCCACGUUCCAUAACGUGGCCUGGCCCGUGUUCGAUACGGUUCAAACGCGCGCAUGUGCUGCGCCGGCACCCCCUCGGAUCUUCCACCCCCUCAGUUUCGACAAAGAUAUUCGCGAAUUUCCAUUCAACUCGUAGAUCCCUCCGACCGAUCCGAAAUAUUCGAGAGCUCGCGCUCGCUCGCCGGGGGACGUUAAAUAGCGGUGAACAGUGCGUAUCUUUUCGGAGUGUAAUCGACGUUUGCGCGGUUUCGAAGUUUUUCUCGACCCUUCGAACGAAACCGAUGCGUGGAUAAUUACGUCGACGAUCCCGAUGGACUUUUGCUUUGUGUCCGGCGUACGAGUGUCGUUUUUAAAAAACACCCCCUACCCCCGGCGUACCUCGACGUGUCACCCGAGGGUCGAUCGAACGAGUUCGAGGAUGGCGAACGCCUCGUGGAAAAAAUACCGAUCGAAUGACCACGACGAGAAGGCAACGUUCGAGUUAUCCGAGUAGCUUCUAGCGGAGAAGCUCCGCCGAAGCUCUUAAGCGACGAAUACGGCUAAUAAUAGCCCGGUAGGAUUUCAGAUACACGUCCUAUAUACAGUUUGGAGAAGCACGACGCACGGAGUUUUCCGAGACUCGGGAUACACCGGAGGCACGCCGCGUACAACAGCGAUUACGACAAUCGGAGGACAAACACGGGCGGAUCUGGUUGGGCGUCUCCGCGUUCGUCGUAAUCCGAAUUCGAGGAUCGUCGCCUCCGCGCGGGCUUCGACGUUGGCGAGACGGCGCGGCGGAGAACAACGGAGAUAAUUUUCAUCGAGCAAAGAUGGACAAACACGUCGCGAUAAUAUAAGUCGCGUACGGUGGUCGCAGUCGUCGUUGGUCCACGGAGGUUGCGGUUCUGGUAAUCUGAGAAUAUCCGAUGGUAGUGCGCCACGGCGGAGCGGCGACACCCGAGACCGACUCAACGCGGAGCCUAAAAAUAUCCCGGUGUUAUACGCGCGACUAGCCCACAUUUACGCCCGACACCGAUCGCCCGGAGUUCUCGUGCAGCCGACGUCGGCGUACCUCCCGCAUCCUCCGGUAGCGAACGACCACCGCCACCCCUCCGCGAGUCGCGGUGAUGAACCGGCGAUACCGCGACGACGACGACGACGACGACCCGGUCUGACGCCGGAACGCCAUGGACCCAGGCCAGAACAAUCCCGGAGAACUUGGCUAGGAUCGAUCGAUCGAUCGCCGGAGGAGCGUCCCGCUCUUUCGAAUUUCUAGAAUAUCGGAAUACCGAUCGUCUACCGAGCGUACGCCGGAUUACCGUGCAGCACCCGCGAGGCCGGUGACGAUAACGGAAUAAGCGCGCAGAGUGCAGCGCGACAAGUGUGUGCGCGUCGAUCGACAAUAAACAAUCAGAGACAAAGAGAAGCACGGGAGGAGCAUUCGACCUCGAAUACCCCGACGAUGGCGACGGUCCCCGCGCUGUGAUAUCGACUCGGUGACUAUUCGUCGCGACAGGGUACAUCCGAAGUGAGAAGCGCGAAGGUGCGAACCCCCUCGGAGGCGGGUAUCCACGGUGGAGGUCGAUUCCGUCAGCGCGGUCACGGGGGGCGCGAUUUGCCCCGGUGAUGAGGUGAUGUUGGGUUACGGUGGCGCGACGGGGGCGAGCAGUGCCGCGAGUGGUACGGUUAGUGCGGGAAUGGGUCCCGGAGGUGGUGACUUGUUGGGACCGACGGCGGAAUACAGUCCCCAGGGCACCCCGACGCCCCUGGGACACGGGGGAUCGUCCGGCGUGAUCGACGCCCAAACGGCGACGGGGUACGGGGCGCCCGCGGCCGGAGGCCCGACCACCUACAGCCCCCAGGACAGCCCCGCCAGUUCCGCCGGCGGAGGAGGCGGCGGCACCAACGGACAGCUGCCCAGCUUCGGAUUCACCCAGGAGCAGGUCGCCUGCGUUUGCGAGGCGAUGGUGUCGUCUGUACAGGUUCUCCAGCAAGCCGGAUCCGUCGAACGUCUCGGGAGGUUCCUGUGGUCCCUGCCGGCCUGCGCGAGAUUGCACAGGCACGAGAGCGUGCUCAAGGCGAAAGCCAUCGUGGCUUUCCACCGAGGUAACUUCAAGGAAUUGUACCGGAUAUUGGAGAGCCACACUUUUAGCCCGCACAACCACUCCAAACUCCAAGCCCUCUGGCUCAAGGCCCACUACAUCGAGGCGGAGCGCCUCAGAGGAAGACCCCUCGGGGCUGUCGGCAAGUAUCGGGUGAGACGCAAGUUCCCGUUGCCCCGAACUAUCUGGGACGGAGAAGAAACCUCGUAUUGUUUCAAAGAGAAGUCGAGAAGCGUGCUGCGGGAAUGGUACGCCGCCAACCCGUACCCCUCGCCGAGAGAAAAGAGGGAACUCGCCGAAAGCACGGGACUCACCACCACCCAGGUCAGCAACUGGUUCAAGAAUCGACGACAGAGAGACCGCGCCGCCGAACACAGCGGACAAAGGGAAGACAAGGGUCACGGAGGAGGUCUCGGUGACUCGAGCAGCGAGAGCGGCGACGACGCCAAGCAACGGCAGUCCGUCGGCCAGCAGCAACAGUCCUCCUGCGCCGUUCAGCAGCAGCAGCAACAGCAGCAGCAGCAACAACAGCAAAUGGUCGACCACCAGCAAUCCUCGGGGAUGUAUCAGCUACCUCCGCCCGCCACCAGCUCGGUUUCCAGUCCGCACUCGAGCUACCACCAAGGGCACUCGUCCACCCUCAGCCACGGGCACACGACCACGCACCACAUGCAGCACCACGAUACCAGCAGCGAGAGCGGCGACGACAAGAGAAACAUCCACCACCAGCUCCAGCAUCAUCUCCAAGGGGGGCACGUUUCGCACGGGCUCGUACAUCCCACGGCGACGCUUCCGCCCCCACCCCCCAGCUGCGCGCAGCAAAAGAGUCAACUGGACUACAUGCAGUACUACAGUCCGCAGGAUUACCUGAUCGGGACUCCGACCUCCGCGGACUUGCAAAAGUCGCUCCCCCACACGGCGACGUCCAUGCAGAUGGGGGCGAUAGCGCCGUCGAUGGGCGGCCUCAGUCCCAUGGGUCCUUCGACGAUGCUGCCGAACGCCAUGCAGGGCGUCAAUUCCAUGAACACGAUGUCGAUGAACGGGAUGGGGAUGGGCGCCUACCAGGGAAUGGGAUCGAUAGGUAUGACUUCGACUCACGCCGGUUACCACAGUGGUCUCGUCCUCGGAGACUACCACUCGUUGUGACACUGGGUCCAGGGUAAUCAGGGUAAACUUGACCAGGAGAAAACGUAGUGAUACCUGUACAUGUGCGCAAACCUUAUACGUUACGUACCUGCGUACGUGCGAACGCGUAUACCGAGCACGUGCUACUCCCACCGUUGUCAAAAGUACCCAACGACCGAACGAACGCGAGGUUCGUCAUCGGUGCGAACGGUGGGACGUACGCGCGACAUACGUACGUACGUAGGAAGAGAAAGAGCCGAAGAGCUGGUGCGGUGAACAGCCAUCCUGCCGUCUACGUUAGCGAUAACGCGCGACGCGAAUAAAAUUUUGUCGGGUGAAGUGAAGUGAAAUUUACUUCGACGCUUCGAUCCUCUCCCGACGCAGCGGGACGUUCGACGAUCGCGCCCGCCCCUCGACUAUAAUGGCAUCGCAGGAAAUUUACCCCCGACGAAUCGCGUGUGCCGAUAUUUCAAUUCCCGGUGCGAGGAAAAGGUAAGAGAGACGUAGGUACCUCGAGCUCUUCAAAGGCGCGAAUUAUUUCACUUUUCUCAAUUGCGCGGAGAACCGCCGAUUCGAAAGAUGAAUAAGCAAAUACCAAAAAAGUAAAAAUGACGUUGUUUUUUUUUUUUUUUUAAAUUUUUUGUUUCUCUCUUAAACGUGUGUACGCGUGUAACGUAUGCACCGCAUUGUACAUACUUGGCUUAUCGACUCGCGGGCCAACGGAAGGGACGAUCGUAACGCCGAUCGACGAAGACGAAUACGACGCGACGCGUAGUUUUCUUCGGGACUCGCUACGAUUUGACAAUUUCACACGAUCGCGCUUGCGAUUCGCGAAAGAUUCCGUACAGCGUAACUUCCGGUCGAUGCAAUGAAAUAUUCCUGAUUGUAUAUAGUAUCGAAUAGCUAUAGUUCAAGCCGCGGGCGUCGCUUAAUUCCUUGCGUGAAUCAACGCGGAUAAAAGAUAGCAAAAGACAAAUAUUAGCAUUUCGUUCCCAUUGAAUUAUUUGAUUUGAUUUUAUUUGAUUUUAUUUUUUUUUUUUCUUCUUUUUUUGUUCUUGUUCUUCCUCAGAUAAAUAUAUAUAUGUAUGAUAUUAUUCAACCGGUAUUUCAACCGUAUCGUAUGAGCUUUUCGCAAUUUAUUAUACAUACGAUAAAAAUAUUUUAUUUUAUAGCGUACGUGUAUAUAUAGUACCGUAUCCGGUACGACCUAUACAUGGAAUACAGUACGUUGUACACUAUACUGCACAUACAUACUUCCGUACAGGUAUAUCUUCUAAUUGUAAGUAGUACAAUAGCUAACGAUAAAGAAAACAUGAUAAUGAGAUUAAGAAGAUGACGAAUGUCAGAGUAGGAUUUAUUGAACGUUUAAAGAUGUAAAAAGAAACUGAAAAUUUUCAUCGACACGUUACACGUGCGUAUCGUGUAGAAAUAAUACCAGCGUCUGUAACUCUGUCUCUAUCCUAACAGGUAUUAAAUAAACAAACAAAUUAACGAAUAACAAACAAAUAAAUAAAUAAAUAAAUAAAUAAAUGAAUAAACUAAUGAAUCAUUCGAUGAUAGGAUGAGUAAAUAAAUAAGUGAAUAAGUCGAUAUAGGUAGAUGAAAAAAUAUAUAAUGCUUUUCCGUUUGUCCUGUAAAUAUGUAGAUACACUCUUCACACGCUCAUGCACACGACACGAGAAUAAUUUUAAAAAAUAAACCGCAUCAAACCGACCCACCAACACGCGUGCGUUGCACGUGUACAUAAUGCACACAUAUUAUAACGCUGCUAUACACGUAUGAAUAAAUAAUUGAAUGAAGCAUAACAACCGCAAUGGCUGCAUCGCGAUGAACGUAACGAUCAUUUUUCUCCCAAGUGGAAUACACGCGUGUACACGUACACCUCCUACGUUCGCAGAUGCAUAUAUAUGUCGAUAACGAUAACCAUGAUAACGAGAAUGAAAUGGAAGAGCGUUACGCGACACUACCUACCUAUAUUAUACGAGGAAGUAUUAUUUUGAGAUUUCGGCACAAGGUUCUUUUAUUCUAAAAGACAAAACGCAGAUGUUCGCAAGAAUUCUGCGGUAUAAUAUUAGCUGCAAUAUAUGUAUAUAUAUAUGUAUAUUUAUAUACACGCUAUAUCAUAUAGAUCUAUACAUAGAUAUAUAUGCAUACAUAUACAUUAGAUUUUAUCCAGAUCCUCUUUUGACAGUCGACGCGAAACGAAGGGGCGAAGAGAUUUUCUAGAGAAAAGAAAUUCACCGAGUAAAAUGCAAACGAAUUCUUUUUCGACAUUUCGUCCGUACAUCCCGCAUAUUGCAAUUGGGUGCGAGAGAACAUUGAACGGAUCGAGCAUCGACUCGAGAGUCGAGAGUCUUCGGGACUAAACAGGGUAGAGUUUUAACGUUCGUCGAUAUUAUGAAAUUCAAAUUAUUAUUAUAUAGCGUGCAAAUUAUUACGAUAAGCUUUACGAUAAAAAAACUCACGUACGUAUGAUUUAAAAUAUUACCUCAGUGCAAAUAAAAAAUCGACCCGAUCAAGCCAAAGCAUUCGUUGUUUUUUCUUCAGUUCCAUCGUGGUUUCGUUCCACGGAAUCGAUGGAUAAUCGUCUCGUGGCGAGUGCGGGAGAUGAAACGUAGCGCGCUCCGAGAACGGAGAACCACGAGAGACCGAUGCGACGGAAUUGAAAAAUAACGAUUUUUGAUACCGGCGAUAUAAUCAUAGGUUGCUCCGUUAUACCGAUAUACGUUAAUUAAUUAAUCAUCAUGCUUGCACAAAGAAAUACAAAAUAAUGUAUGAUUAUAUAUAUAUACAAUAUGAAAUAUCAGCGACGUAUGAUUUUCGAAACAGUUUUAAUGAGUAUAAAAAUUUCGAAUGAACAAAUGCUUUGGCGAGAGAAAUAAAUAAAAAUAAGAAGAGGGACGAAUGAAGGAACAACCGAACAAAGAGAUUAACACUUGUAUGUAUGUUAGCGAACAAACCUGUCAUGCACAACUGUAACUGAAAUGCCGAAACCAUGAUUAUAACGACGACGACGACAACGAUGAUGAUGUGUACGAUAUUUGAACUGUACGAAAUAAAGUUGAUGUUAUUUAAAAUAAUAAA